UUUGGUUCCCAAUGUACCAAAGCCCAUCACAUUCACGGGGGAGGAAGAAGAAGAGAAUCGCCAUGGGCGGCCCCUUCUUUUCCUCCUUAAAGUGAAUCGACGACCAGGGAUUAGGAUCGGAGUUAGUCCUCGCCCAUGGCCUCCUCUGAACGGUGUACCAGGGGUUGGUUGUCGUCGUCGUCUUCCUUCUUCUUCUUCCUCUAUUUCACCGUCUGGUUCGGAAUCAGCGAUGCCAUAAAGGUUCCGUUCAGGGUCAACGACGUUCUCCCCGUUUUGCCCCGGCAAGUGUCCUGGCCGGUGCUGAACAAUCUUCACAGUGCGGUCGACCUCUUGCCCUACUUCGUUGGGGCCGUGCGCCAGGACGAUGCCCUACGAUGGAAGGGGGCGUGCUUCUAUGGGAACGAUGCUCGGUUGGAGAUCACCGAUGGGGACGAGGACAACGGGUUGGGCGGCGGCGUAGUCUAUAUUAAGACUGAUGCUGCCCACAGCUGGACAUGCAUGGAUCUUUAUGUAUUUGCAACUCCAUACAGGGUAACAUGGGACUACUAUUUCACCUCCAGAGAGCACACGUUGGAGAUUCAGUCAUGGGAGGAACCUGCAGAACUAGAAUAUGUCAAGAAGAAUGGUAUAUCAGUAUUUCUCAUGCCAGCAGGGAUGCUUGGAACUUUGCUAUCUCUUAUAGAUGUUUUACCCUUAUUUUCGAACUCUGGCUGGGGCCAGAAUGCAAACUUAGAGUUCCUAAAAAAGCACAUGGGAGCAACAUUUGAGAAACGUCCUCAGCCUUGGAUCACAAAUAUUCGUCCUGAGGAUGUUCAUUCUGGAGAUUUUUUGGCUGUAUCAAAGAUACGGGGUCGAUGGGGUGGGUUUGAGACUCUGGAAAAAUGGGUGACUGGGGCUUUUGCCGGGCACACUGCUGUUUGCUUAAAGGAUGAGCAAGGAAAUCUAUGGGUGGGCGAAUCUGGUCAUGAGAAUGAGAAGGGAGAAGAAAUUAUUGUAGUGAUUCCUUGGGAUGAAUGGUGGGAAUUGGCACUUAAGGACAGCUCAAAUCCUCAAAUAGCUCUGCUUCCUCUACAUCCUGACCUACGUGCAAAGUUUAAUAACACUGCAGCAUGGGAAUAUGCACUGAGCAUGACUGGGAAGCCAUAUGGUUAUCACAACAUGAUAUUCAGCUGGAUUGACACCAUAGCUGACAACUACCCUCCACCUCUAGAUUCUCAUUUGGUCAUUUCUUUCAUGUCUAUGUGGACUAGGUUACAGCCAGAUUAUGCUGCAAAUAUGUGGAAUGAAGCGCUAAAUAAGCGUCUUGGUACUGAGGACUUGGAUUUACGAGGAAUACUUUCUGAAUGCGAGAAUCGUGGCAUAACCUUUGAUGAAUUGCUUACCGUCCCUGAACAAGAUGAGUGGGUGUAUAGUGAUGGGAAGUCAACAACUUGUGUGGUAUUUAUUCUUGAAAUGUACAAAGCUGCUGGCUUAUUUGAACCUAUGUCCAGCUCUAUUCAGGUCACGGAAUUCACGAUCCGCGAUGCCUACAUGCUUAAAAUAUUUGAGAAUAAUGGUAGCCGUUUGCCAAGCUGGUGUAGGGCCAAAGAUGGGCAACCUUUCUGUCAGAUAUUGGGAGAGUACUACAUGGAGUUUCCUGAAUAUAACACCAUUCGACCGUAUUCACGUAUGAACGAGAACUGCCCCUCCCUGCCACCAACCUACAAGAGACCACUAGGUUGUUGAAUCCAAUGAUAUGUCCAUUCCUUGGUCUCUCCCUCAUAUCACUUGCCUUAUCAUCUGGCGAGCAGAUUCAGUCGUAGGUUUGUCUCGCAAGCAACUGCUGCACGAAAGCAUGUAAAUAGAUUUAGACCACUGUUCAAAGGCAGUCUAAUCUUUAUUGCUUCUUCUGCAAUGGAAAGGCCGCCUGUACUAUACAUGUUCAAAGUUGAGUUUAACAACCAUGAACAAUCGCUAUCUUUACGGAUGAUAUAUAAUAAAUACCGCUGCAUUACGUGCAA